AUGCCUACCAUCCUCUCCCUCCCCGCCGAACUCCUCUCAUCCAUCUUCACCCCUCCGCCUUCCCUCCCCUCGCUCUCUCCUCCGCCGCACAAUCCCUCAAAGCCCGCCGAAACCCUCUCGACUCCCCUGCGUCUCUCGCCCUCCUCCGUGCCGAUCUGUCGCGUGCUCGAACCGUUUGCGAGGGAGAAUGCGUGGAGGUUCGUGCAGGUGAAGGGGUUGGAGCGUUUGGUGAAGUUGGGAGAGGCGAUUGAGAGGGGAGAUGUGAAGGAGGAGACGUGCAGGCGGGUUAAGGGUGUUGAGGUCAUUUCCCCUGGCGAUAACGUCGGAAUAUGCGAUGCGCACGCGUGUGAGCGCCGAUGGACGGCGGUAUUUGACGCGCUCGAGGGUGUCGAGGACGUCCACAUCGCCCUCCCCGUCACGCAAAUCGACCGUCUCCUGUCCUCGCCCAACCUCUGCGCCUCUCGCGCCUUGAUCACACCCUCUGCACCUCUCAGUCUCACUCUUACACCCGACUCGCCCAGCUCCUCAUCCUCCGCGUACUCCUGGCUCUGCGAUACCUCGACCCCUCAUACUUCCCGCCUCUCCUUCUCCUCCCUCCGCCACCUGGCUCGCCAUUCGAAAGGCGUCCAGAAGCUCGUUAUGAAGGGUAGGAUGGAGAUCAAGGCGCCCGCGGGCGUUGACGGGACAGAAGGGUUCGAGGAGGGAGAGUGGGAGCUAGAUGAGGUCGAGGUGGAGAGCGAGCCGCAUGCUGCUGGCUUCUCCGCCUUCCUCUCGGCACCCGCAUCACUCAAGUCGCUCAAGCUGCGUACAGCGUUCACGACCGAACCGACGACUGUCUGCUCGGCCAUCCCUCCGCGAGCAAGAGCCUCGCUCGAGACGUUUGUCUGGGAGACGAGCGGGUAUCUCGCUCGCGACCUCGACACCUCCUUUGCCCUCUACCCCUCCCUCCGCUCCCUCACACUCCGUUCCUCCUCUUCCGCCCUCCUCUUCACGCCAGCCUUCUUUCAAUCCCUUCGGUCGCUCCAACGCCUGGAACACCUCGCCCUCCACGGUCCGCGCGCCAGAGACGCUGCCGAGACGUGCGAGAUGGUUGCGGAGUGGGUUGAGAGUCUGUCCUUUGCCGAUGCCGAGAUAGCGGGAGGGUUCGACGAGGAAGCGGAAGGGACGUCGCCGCUCAAACUGCUCGAGCUUGACGUGUGUAAGCCGGCGUGGCUGAGCAACAAGGUCGCGGUGGAUGGAAAGGAACGGCCUCUUUCUCGGGCUGGGGUCCAGGCUAGGCGUCUCGCCGCGGCUUGCGUGAAGCACGGCGUCGUCCUCCAGGGAUCCGUCCUCGACCUCGUCUCCGCCUCUUCCCCCGUUCUAGCAUGUACACAGUGA